AACCAGAACCAGGUUUCUAUAGCUGGGUUAGCGAAAUCGCGCCAACCAAGGGACAGUGACGAAACACAAAAAAGAUAAUAAAAGAAGCAAAAUCCUAGGCGGUUUUGAAAUGGCUGAGAAAUUGGCUCCGGAGAAGCGCCACAUCUUCUUGCACAAUGGUCAGAAGGUUUUCGAAUGGGAUCAGACCCUUGAGGAAGUGAAUAUAUACAUAAAUCUACCGCCAAAUGUUCAUCCGAAGCAAUUCUACUGCAAAAUUCAGUCUAAGCAUCUCGAACUUGGAAUCAAAGGCAACCCUCCUUACCUCAAUCAUGAUCUUACUUGCCCAGUGAAGACAGAUUCAUCUUUCUGGACAUUGGAGGAUGAUACAAUGCACAUAACCCUACAGAAGAGGGACAAAGGUCAGACAUGGGCUUCUCCCAUAUUGGGUGAGGGUCAGCUAGAUCCUUAUUCCUCCGACCUCGAACAGAAGCGCCUGAUGCUUCAGAGAUUUCAAGAAGAGAACCCAGGUUUUGACUUCUCACAAGCUCAGUUUACGGGGAACUGUCCUGAUCCUAGAACCUUUAUGGGUGGAAUCCGCACUGAUUAACAGGCUUUGUAUGCUGCAUCAAUGACCAGCAUGUGCCUGUUAUAAAUCUUGACUAACAUUUAGCAGAUAAGAUGAUCUAAUGUGUUUUAUAAGAAUGUCACGUUCUCUGCUAAAGAAAACGGAUGUUUGAUUAACUUAACUACUCCUUUUGAUGUCUGUAAUAACUUCCUUUACUGUAUGCUGUGAGCUUGGUUGUUUUUACUCCUAUGUUUAUAACUGUAAGAUAAUGCAAUCUAGUUUGAUGCAUUUUGCAUUA